GGCCGGGCCGCGGCCGAGGGCCCAGGGCGCGCUUCCGCCGGGCGCCGCGCGCGCCGCGGUAAAUGGGAGGCUCGGCCGGCAGGGGCGGGGGCCGCGCAGCCGGGGACUUUCAGGAACUGCAGGAGCGGGCGGCGCGGGAGUCGCAGAGCGCCCAGCGGCGGGGCCUGAGCGUCCAGACUCGGGGCCGAGGCGAAGCAGUCGCCGCCGCGCCGGGGCCCAUCCGGAGCCGCCGCCCACCCCCUCGCGGCUCGGAACCACCAUCCGCAACGCAGGAGACGAGCCGGCCGUCCCGGGCCGGGAGACCCGCCCGCCAUGGCCACCAAGGCGCGGGUUAUGUAUGAUUUUGCUGCUGAACCUGGAAAUAAUGAAUUGACGGUUAAUGAAGGAGAAAUCAUCACAAUCACAAAUCCGGAUGUUGGUGGAGGAUGGCUGGAAGGAAGAAACGUGAAAGGAGAACGAGGGCUGGUUCCCACAGACUAUGUUGAAAUUUUGCCCAGUGAUGGAAAAGAUCAAUUUUCUUGUGGAAAUUCAGUGGCUGACCAAGCCUUCCUUGAUUCUCUCUCAGCCAGCACAACUCAAGCCAGUUCAUCGGCUGCCAGCAGCAAUCACCAGGUGGCUAUUUUGGCUCAGAUUGGUUGUGUCGAAAGUAUCAGCCAGUCACCACCUUCUUCUCCUUCUUUCACAAAUAAGGUUGGCAGUGGCAAUGACCCCUGGUCAGCCUGGAGUGCCUCCAAAUCUGGGAACUGGGAGAGCUCAGAAGGCUGGGGGGCCAAGCCAGAUGGGGCUGGAGCCCAAAGAAACACAAACACUCCCGACAACUGGGACACUGCCUUCGGCCACCCGCAGGCCUACCAAGGACCAGCAACUGGGGAUGAUGAUGACUGGGAUGAAGACUGGGAUGGGCCCAAGUCCUCUUCCUACUUUAAGGAUUCAGAAUCAGCUGACGCAGGUGGCGUUCAACGAGGAAACAGUCGUGCUAGUGCCUCGUCCAUGAAAAUUCCCCUUAACAAAUUUCCUGGAUUUGCAAAACCUGGCACGGAACAGUAUUUGUUGGCCAAACAACUAGCAAAACCCAAAGAGAAAAUUCCCAUCAUUGUUGGAGAUUAUGGCCCAAUGUGGGUUUAUCCUACCUCUACAUUUGACUGUGUGGUAGCAGAUCCCAGGAAAGGCUCCAAAAUGUAUGGUCUGAAGAGCUACAUUGAAUAUCAGCUGACACCUACUAACACUAAUCGAUCUGUAAACCACCGAUAUAAGCACUUUGACUGGUUAUAUGAGCGUCUCCUGGUUAAGUUUGGGUCAGCCAUUCCAAUCCCUUCGCUUCCAGACAAACAAGUCACAGGUCGCUUUGAAGAGGAAUUUAUCAAAAUGCGCAUGGAGAGACUUCAGGCCUGGAUGACCAGGAUGUGUCGCCAUCCGGUGAUCUCAGAAAGUGAAGUUUUCCAGCAGUUCCUAAAUUUCCGAGAUGAGAAGGAAUGGAAAACUGGAAAGAGGAAGGCCGAGAGAGAUGAGCUGGCGGGAGUCAUGAUAUUUUCCACCAUGGAGCCAGAGGCACCUGACUUGGACCUAGUAGAAAUAGAGCAGAAGUGCGAGGCCGUCGGGAAGUUCACCAAGGCCAUGGAUGAUGGUGUGAAGGAGCUGCUGACCGUGGGGCAGGAGCACUGGAAACGGUGCACAGGGCCAUUACCGAAGGAAUAUCAGAAGAUAGGAAAGGCCUUGCAGAGUUUAGCCACGGUGUUCAGUUCUAGCGGCUAUCAAGGUGAAACAGAUCUCAAUGAUGCAAUAACAGAAGCAGGAAAGACUUAUGAAGAAAUUGCCAGUCUUGUGGCAGAACAGCCAAAGAAAGAUCUCCAUUUCCUGAUGGAAUGUAAUCACGAGUAUAAAGGUUUUCUUGGCUGCUUCCCUGACAUCAUUGGCACUCACAAGGGAGCAAUAGAAAAAGUGAAAGAAAGUGACAAACUAGUUGCAACAAGUAAAAUCACCCCACAAGACAAACAGAACAUGGUGAAGAGAGUCAGCACCAUGUCCUACGCGCUGCAAGCUGAGAUGAAUCACUUUCACAGUAACCGGAUCUAUGAUUACAACAGCGUCAUCCGCCUGUACCUGGAGCAGCAAGUGCAGUUUUACGAAACGAUUGCAGAAAAGCUGAGGCAGGCCCUCAGCCGCUUCCCGGUGAUGUAGGACCCAGCGCGGCUUGCAGAGAACGCCGAGCGCUUCCUCCUGACUUGGGGCAAUGCAAUUCAAAACUGUUUUCCCCUAUUAUUCAGAAAAAAAGGCAACAAAACCAAAAAGAAACAGAGUUGCAAAAAAAUGCAUUUAUUUCAUUAACCAGCAUAAAUGCAUAGGCUAUUUAGGGAUGGUCUUUUGUUCAUUUCCACAUCCAUUAUUUAAACCAGUGGCAGUUGUCUCUAUUUUUAGAAAGUACUUAAAAGUUACCAGAAUUUUCCAUUGAAAGGGGUUUCUCCCCACUGAUAUUUUACAGAGAAUCAUAAUUUAUUAGUCUCCCACAAUCUUCCAGUUCUUACCCAGCCUCAGAUAAUUACUAAUUACUUUCUUAAAAAUAUGAAAUAUGCCAGAAUAAAAAUCUAUAUAUGUUUGUCUAUUUUUAUAACUCCUCAGUCCUCUGGGUUCCUCUCAUUGAGGGAGUCUGCAUGCCUUUCACUGCCACAGCCACAGCCCAAGUGCGUGCACUUGAUGAGGAGGGAUGCAGGGCCAGGGCUGCUAGCGCCUUCACGGUGCAUGGCAGGUGGGCCGUCCCAUGUCCCUGCAGGGGGACUCUGCAGCCUGGUCGCCUGUGUCCUCAGCGUUAUUUCUGACGUGUUGCUCUUCUGUGAGGACCUGCGCUUUCUCUCUUUGCACUGCCUUCCUAAUCACCAUUAAGGCAUGUUCUCUGCCAUAAAGAAUAUAUUCAAAGAACUGAGGGACUUUUUUGAGAGUUCUGUGGCUUUGGCCUGACGGGUGAGUGGCUGUGCUGACGCCUGUGCUCAGGAGGGCCUGGGGGAGGGAGCGUGCCCCACACUGGGAGCCUCUGGCCCCUUCAGGCUCUUGGGCUGCUCACCGGCUGUGCUGAGAAGCACUGCCGUGGGCAUGGCACACUGCUUGGUUUGGAUGGUGGGCUCCUGGCCACUUGGUGUCUUCAGCAAAGAGAAAAGGCAGAGUUUAGCACCCCAGCCCUCCCCAUUGGAUGGAAAAGUGUAGGGACUGAAAAAGGUUGCCGCCUGAACAGUGUGCAGAAUCCCUGGGGCUCUGACGCUGGAGAGAAAGUACAGGCCAGUGCCCUUCCCAGCUACACCCAAAACCUCAGAUGAGACAUUUCCAAGCACCAGCACUUCAGCUCAUGGCAUAAAGCGAAACAGGAGCGUGGCACAGCAUCAGCUCUAGCUCUGAACACUGGCAGACACCGUCUCACUCCUGCGGAGGAGCGCUUCCGUCUCUCACAGGUGCCUUACCGCGCGCCCUCCCACUGCUUUCGUCUUGCUGACCUAAUAAUGACAGGAAAUAGAAAGUCUGGGCCAGCGUAAACAAAAUGAAACCAAAAAUAAGAUGAGGAAAUCAAAUGAAAAUGAGAACAUCUUGUUCUUCAGUGUCACGGGUUUUUGUUACUGUUUCGUAAGUAAUUUUCCCCACUUGAUUUUUCUUCUAUAAAAAUCCCAUAGAACAAUGUUUAUGCUACAGCCAUUUAAUAUAUGUACAAAUUGUAAAGAAUAUGUAUAAAUGUUUUACACAAAUAUAAGAGCAUGUAGAAGCCAAUAUAUAAAUAAAUUGUUUAAAAAACACUGUACAGUAAAUUCUCAAAGCACUUUUUCAAAACA